UAGCUGGUGGGCGCUCGAGAGCCCGGCACCGCUCGCCGCGCGGCCGGAAGUGAAGGAGCAGGAGAACGAAGUGGUUAGCAGCGAUGGUGCUGCAGCGCCUGCUGCCCUGGAGUUCUUGCCGGACGAUCUUCGGGUCUGCGGAGGCUGCGCUCUGGGGUUUGAAGUCAAUAAAAAGCUGCCUCAAUUUUUGUACUAUUUGUGAAGAUGUCACUUAUAAGGAACUUAAAAACCUCCUGAAGUCCAAAAAAAUUAUGUUAAUUGAUGUUAGAGAGCCAUGGGAAAUUCUUGAGUCUGGAAAAAUCCCUGGGUCUGUCAAUAUACCAUUGGAUGAUGUAGGUGAAGCUCUACAGAUGAACCCAAAAGACUUCAAAGAGAAGUACAAAGAAGUAAAGCCAUCCAAAUCUGACAGUCUAGUGUUUUCUUGUUUAGCUGGAGUGAGAAGCAAGGUGGCUAUGGUCACAGCAGUAUCUCUGGGCUUUAACAAGUAAUGUGAAAACUGGAACAGAUGAACCAAUAUUCGUUGACUGUACUUUGAUGAAGAACAGAAAAGGAAUUCAUACCUCUACUUUGGAUGCCAAAAACACACAUGUAGGAGCCAUUAAUACAGGAUCUAUACUUUUCAGAGAAUACCUAAAAUAUGAUUAAAUGAAGUUAAAUGUCAUGCAUACAGAAAACAUAUACGAAAACAUUUCAUAUAGAAAAUAUUUAUAUGGGAAAAAAGAAUAACUCUGGCAAACACAUGAUUCACUUAUAUAAAGUCAUCAACAUUAGAUAAGGGUUUAAAAGAUGCAUAAAAUAUUUCCAAAAUAACACAUCCCUACCUUGCAUAGAAUCUCUUGAAAUAGACCGUAGCAGUGGCAAUAACUUGUUGUCUUAAUUUAAGAUGUUCACCUAAUGCUUGGAUAACUAAAAAAGAAAUAAAGUUAAAUGUAUUUCUGAUAUAAUUAACAUUUAACAAUAAUUUCUAUGUGGUUAAAUGAUGACUAUAUUCAUUUUAACAAAGAGAAAAACCUAUACAUGCUAUACAGCUCUACUUGGAUCACAGUGGUCUAGUACUAGGGCUGCAAAUUUGUUUAAAAAUAUAUAGCUACACAUAAACAAUAACAAAAAAACAGAAAUUGUCUCACAGUAAAAACUAUUCUUGAAUCAAGGAGACUGAAUGAUUAUUUCCCUUCUACCUGCUAAGUGUUUUCAAUGCUUUUCUUAUUAUUAGACACCUAUCAGCAUUAUAACAACUACUUAAUAAAGCUGAUAAAAAACCCAAAAUGAAUCCUCAAAACAACAGAGAGGUAGUAUUGCAAUAAAAGUGGACAGAGAGUAAUAAAGAUUCUGUGACAAAGCUAUCAUGUGGCAGAACAAGGAUUUUCUAACUGUAAAUCCUAAAGCACACUUGUAAGAUAGGAAUGACCAAUACAGGAUGCCAAUCCAAAUAAUCAUUUAUCCUCAAAGUACUUUGCUUUAGCUAAUCUUAAAUUAAGUUUAAUGAUACAUUAUAAAAGCUUUCGGAAAUUAAUACUUUUGGACUGUCUUGAGGGUCUCUAACAUGUAAAAUUCACAAAAGACUUUAAAUCACUUUUAAAAUGAUAUAUAAACUGUAAAAAAAGAACAUACAUGCAAAUAAAAAUGUAAAAUAGGGACUAAAACAGUACAUCACAAAUUACUACAGAAAAACAUGUAAUUCAGAGGUAACCAACCGCACCAUUUCAACCAAUUAAAAGAAAAGUUUACCAUUUGUAAAAAAUAUCUGUAAUUUCCAAUACUCUUCUUCCGAGAGAAACUUUAAAUCUUUUUGGCGUUCCUUCAACAGAUCUUGUUUAUCCAAAAUCCAUUGUAAGCUAAAAAAGGCAAAGAUUCAGACAUUCUAUAGAAAAUUCACUAACAAAGUUAUAUAAAAUAUUCUAAGAUUGAACAGGCUGCUAAUAUUGUGAGAAGUACAGAAUACAAGUAACCUUUAAAAACAGUUUUUCACAUUUCUUGGAAAAUUGACACUGAGAAUGAUCUCACUAAUAAAUGUAAAUAUGCCCUAAAAAAA